AUGGCCGGCAAGAAGAAAGCAAAGAAGCCCGCUGCCAACCCUGCGCGAGGAUUUGCGACCACCUCCAUCGCGUCAAAGGCCCGAGUCGACCCCGCUGAAGAUCCGGGCGAUAAUACCCCGGCCGGCAGCAUCAAUGAUGCCGCCCCGCCAACAAACGAUGCCCCGCAACCGGCGACCAACAACACGAAGACCGAACAGAAAGCGCCAGCAGAGCAGCUGAGCCCCGAGGAAUUUGAGAGGCAGUUAGAAGAGUCGGAAUUGCAGCUUCUGGUUGAAAAAUAUGCACAAAAAGUUAGGAAGGAUUCCCAGCGGCAAAAGACGCGGCUCGAAACCGACCGGCGGCUGCUUCGGGGCGCCGCCGAAACCCUUAACAUAAAGAAAUGGCUGCCCCAAGAGUUGAUGGACCAUAUCCUGGGUCUCAUACAAGCGGAGGGCCGAUUUGCAGCUUCCAGUGUCUCGUCUGAGGGCGCAACUAGUAGAUUACCCCCAGAAGAAGACUUGAUAAUUCGGCUGUGGACUCUGCAGGAGACGCUGGAGAACACGGGGUUUCCAGAGGACAGGAUACAGCCGGCACUGCAGUUUGUUUUGGAUAUAGCGCCAAACAUUCCGUACAAUUCCAGAAGCGAGUUGAUCUGGGGACUGGAAGAGGUGCUAGAUUGGUUUGCGAGGGAGUGCUCCAAGGAAGAGCUCCCGGAUUACUCGGGGCGCAAAACCGGAUCUAAGUCCCAAACAGAUACACCUACCGAUACGCCUCCGAGGUCAGGGACACCCUUCGAGAUCGAUCCUCGGCUGGGUACCAAGUUGAAGGGUGGCGCACUCAAUCGGUCACGCCCGGCCUCCCCGAAACGGCCAACUGUUACCUUUGACGAAGAAAUUGAACCGGAUCAGCUGCUUCCCUUUUACCUCGAGACCAAGACGAAGUUGUUUGAGAUCCAGCGCCCUCGUCAAGAUACAAACAAGCGCAGGGGGGCGAAGGAGAAGCCCGCCACUUCUGAUGACCCGGAAGAAGCGUUGUUGCUGGCGAAGAUUUCUCGUGUCGAGAAGGACGUUUUGUUCGAUAAGUAUGUGGCUGAGCAGCAGUGGAGAAACAAGAGGAUAGUGCUAGAGAAGGAGUACGCUGCGGCAAGAGCAGAGGAGAAAAAGAAGGAGGCAUCGGGGGAGACGCUGGAGGAGGCCCCGGCGCGAGACGACCCGAGCGAUGUCAACGCGGAAGCUGAGCGCAUCGCAGCUGAAAUUCUCGCCGAAGAUGACGAUGACGAGACGUUAGCCGAUUUGUUUGCGACAUUACCGGUCAGCGAGGUUGACCCUGUGACGGGCAAGACCAACACUGUGAUGAAUGGGGUGGAUGGGUCGAAACUCAUUAUCCGGGACUUUGGAAAAUGGGCCGGAAUAUCCUACCAUCUCCUUUCCGACGUCGCUUUCGCCAAUCGACACGCCGUCAAUAUCGUCUGGUCGAAACCACAAGAGGUCCCGCCCGUCCCCGACAUCCCCGAGCUUGAAGUAUUCACGUCACCCACUCAGUUUGUCUACAAGAUGCAAACCAUCGCCGCACCCGACGCCAAGCAGUCCGAAGCCUUCAUCGCUACCACUGCACUAUUUUGCGUCUUCGGGUUCUCGGCUAAGGAGGAGAAGGUGGCGCUCAGGCUACCUGCCGUAUGGAAGGACCUGUGGUCCGAGUAUUCCGAGGCCAAGAAGAACAAGCUUGACGCAGCAGACCGCGAGGUCUUGAGGCACAUCCGGGAUCUCGUGCGCAAGAGAGUGGAACAAGAGCUGGAGGACGGCGUGCUCAUUCAGGGUUUCAAGGGCCGCGGCCAAUCUAAAAGCCAAAUAGACUCGGAUCAGUCUGACCAAGAACGGGCGAAACGGCAGCCUUACGGACCCGAAUACUACCAAAACAUCUGGCUGCAAAAGAGCAGCUCGCCAAGAUAUCAGCAUAUGCUGGCAUCACGCAUGCAGCUACCCAUGUGGCAGUUCCGGCAACAAGUGGUCGAUAUUGUCGACAAACACCAGGUUGUUAUUAUCUGUGGCGAGACUGGGUGCGGCAAGAGUACCCAGGUGCCUUCGUUCUUGCUAGAACACCAGCUGCUCCAAGGCAAACCUUGCAAGAUCUAUUGCACAGAACCGCGGCGUAUCUCAGCCAUUUCCCUGGCACGCCGUGUGAGCGAGGAACUCGGCGAAAGCAAGGCCGAGCUUGGUACGAACCGGUCUCUUGUAGGCUAUUCCAUCCGGCUUGAGUCGAACACGGCUCGGGAGACCCGACUUGUCUACGCCACAACUGGUAUUGUCAUGCGCAUGUUGGAGGGAUCCAACGAUCUAGCAGACAUCACCCAUUUGGUGCUCGACGAAGUCCACGAGCGCUCUAUCGACAGCGACUUCCUGCUAAUCGUGUUGAAGAAGUUGCUAAUGCGGAGGAAAGACCUCAAGGUCGUGCUGAUGUCGGCCACGGUUGAUGCCGAACGCUUCUCCAACUACCUGGAUGGCGCGCCGGUUCUGACGGUUCCGGGGCGAACUUUUCCCGUCCGAGUUGCAUAUCUUGAGGACGCGAUCGAGUUGACGGGGUAUACCGUUGACCAGCGAAACCAAGAGAAGCUCACAGAACUUGAUGACGACGUGGAACUGGAGGUUGAUAUAUCGUCGAAGCCCGAGUUGCUCAAGGGGCUGAAGAACUAUUCGGCCCGCACUCGAAACACGCUCGCUCAGAUGGACGAAUACCGAAUGGAGUACGAUUUGAUCGUACAGCUGAUCUCGAGGAUUGCCGUUGACCCAGAUUAUGCCUCGUUCAGCAAAGCAAUUCUGGUCUUCCUCCCCGGUAUUGCUGAAAUCCGCACGCUCAACGACAUGCUUCUUGGGGAUCGGACUUUCGCCGAAAACUGGCUCGUGUAUCCGAUGCACUCCUCCAUUGCUAGCGAGGAGCAAGAGGCAGCCUUCCUUGUCCCGCCACCAGGCAUGCGCAAGAUAGUGCUGGCCACCAAUAUUGCCGAGACGGGUAUCACAAUCCCCGACGUGACAUGCGUCAUUGACGCGGGCAAGCACCGAGAGAUGCGUUUCGAUGAGAGACGGCAGUUGUCACGGCUCAUUGACUCGUUCAUCUCGCGUGCCAAUGCGAAGCAACGCCGUGGCCGCGCUGGCCGUGUUCAGGAGGGUCUUUGCUUCCACCUUUUCACCAAGUAUCGGCACGAUACAUCGAUGAACGACCAGCAAACACCUGAAAUGCUGCGUCUGUCACUCCAAGAUCUGGCCAUUCGCGUUAAGAUUUGUAAAAUUGGCGGUAUUGAGGAGACGUUGAGCCAGGCACUGGAUCCGCCGUCGGCCAAGAAUAUCCGCCGCGCGAUUGAUGCUCUUGUCGAUGUUCGUGCCUUGACAGCCACGACGGAGGAGCUAACGCCACUUGGUCUCCAGCUUGCACGCCUGCCGCUUGAUGUCUUCCUCGGAAAGCUCAUUCUCAUGGGUGCUGUCUUCAAGUGCCUUGAUAUGGCCAUCACUGUGGCCGCUAUCCUCUCCUCCAAGUCUCCAUUUGUGGCGCCGUUUGGUCAACGAAACCAAGCCGACACUAUUCGCAGGGGUUUCCGCAAGGGCGACUCGGACCUACUAACGGUCUACAACGCCUACACAGCCUGGAAACGCGUUUGCCAAUCCACAACAUCCGGCGGCGCCGAGUUCCAAUUCUGUCGCAAGAACUUCCUCGCAUCCCAAACACUCGCCAACAUCGAAGACCUUAAGGGUCAACUGCUCGUCGCUGUCGCCGACUCUGGCUUUUUGCAGCUCACCGAAACCGAGCGCCAGGCGCUUAGGAAGCUACGCUUCAGCGGCCGACGGCGCCACCAGGCCUUCUUCGACGUCCCCAAACGUGUCAAUAGCAACAGCGACAAUGAGGUUGUCACGCAGUCCGUGAUUGCCUGGAGUUUCUACCCCAAACUCCUCGUCCGCGACCCUGGCAGCAAGGGCCUACGCAAUGUCGGCAACAACCAGUCCAUCAGCCUGCACCCGAGCAGUGUUAACAAGGGUUUCAACGACAUUCGCUGGCUAAGCUACUACCACAUUAUGCAAUCCAAAGCCUUCUACAACGCGCACGAAACCACCGCGACCGACCCCUUCGCGGUCGCGCUCCUCUGCGGCGACGUGCGCGCGGACCUGUACGCGGGGGUGUUUGUGCUGGAUGGCAACCGCGCGCGCUUCGCGCUGCCCGACUGGAAGUCGGUGCUGGUGCUCAAGGUGCUGCGCGCCCGCCUGCGCGAGAUGCUCACCCGCUGCUUCCGCAACCCGGGCCGCCUGCCCACCGCCCAGCACGAGCGCUGGCUCGAGGUCUGGCAGCGCGUCUUUGCCCUCGCUCAGGAGAACCGCGUCAAGGCGGCGGCGGCUGCCGCCGCUGCGGAGCGCUAG